CUGGAAGAGCUGCUGCAUCUCUUGCGGGGAGCACCGCGUGCCCUCGCUGCGGGUGCCUGGUGCCCCUGAGCCCCCCUGCCAACCCCCAGGGCUGUGGGACUGCUCCUUGCACCCAGUUACUAUACCAGUAUCCCACUGAUGGUAGCGGAGGGCUCUGCAGCCUGUGCUGUAGCUGGCUUCACCCGGCAUAAUCAGGGGGGUCUCUGGGCUCAUCCAGGCCUUUGGGAGAUCAUGUAUGGGGUCCCUGCACCCCAACCUGCAUGCGGGAGGCUCUGCUUGGGGGAUGUGGCACCCCAUAAAGUCACUGCCAAAAUGGGGUGCAAAUCCCAUCUCUCCGGUAAAAAAGACCAAAGCUGUGGCUGUGCCUGGUCCUGCAGCUGUGCAAAGCUGCUUUCCCACAUGCUUCCCCCCACCACCAGUACUGUGUUUCCCGCUAUACUGGGACCACUGGACUGCUACGGGGACAGUUGGCACCCUGACCCCGAAUCCUUUCCCUGCACGCCAAAGGCGUUGAGCCCACGGUGCAGCGCGGCACGUACGGUGCCGGCAGGGUGCCGUGGUCCAGGCGAACCCAAGCCGGGUUCUGCAGCGGGAUGGGGUGCGAGGGGGGCUCCUUGAAGGACCCUCAUCCCUGAACCAGCUCCUCUGGUCCCACCGCAUCCUCCCCUCUCAGCUCAGCACCAUCAUCUUGCCUUUGAGCCUUCACCGUCACCGGGACAUCCCUCGCUGCUGGACCGGAGAGCAGCAGAAGAGGGUGGACGCAGCCUUUUCCAGAGUUGCCCAAUUUGGGAUUUCUGUUCUGGCAGACCCAGGAAUGUGACGGUGAUAUCACCGCCGGGCUUACGCAACCGGGCCAGGGCUGGGGCUAUGGGAUCAUGUCCCCGUGGGUCGCGGGAGGGCUGGGGUGCCGGCGGACGGGUACCCAGGGCAUCCCGUGCCCGCCUUCGGCGGGCACGGGAUGCCCUGGGUACCCGUCCGCCGGCACCCCAGCCUUCCCACGACCUGAACCACGCAGCCCCACGAUGCUCUAUGCCCAUCACCGGCACAGCCAAACUGGUGGACACCCCUUUCCCUACCGGUCUGUGCAUGUCCUUCCCCAAUUUUGGGGGGGUGUCAGGAGCCAAUUUCCGGGCUGAAACAACGCUUGAGUUGAGAAGGAAGUACGACGGCCCGCGGGGAGGAGGAAGGCAGCCAGAGCUGGAGUUUCCAGGGCUGGCUGGGUGCCCUGGUGCUGCUGGGCACCCUGAUGCUGUGCCGUGGUCUGCGCCGCCCCGGUAGCCCCCCGCACCAUCCCCACGUCCACUGCUACAGCGCGGGCGAGCUGCGGGACGGCGAAGCCCCCGCGCACCUCUUGGGCCGGAGCCUGCGCUGGGACCACUACGUGCCGGUGCAGCUGGUGCCGCAGCUGGAACGCUUGCAGGACGCCAACGCCGGCCAUCGCCGCCACCGUCGCCAUCGCGAGCGUGCCUGCCCCGCGCUGCAGCUCCGCGCCGGCCUUCGCAGCGAGCCCAACGAGCGCUCCAUCUCCCCGUGGCGCUACCGCAUCGAUGAGGAUGAGAACCGCUACCCGCGCAAGCUGGCCUUCGCCGAGUGCCUCUGCAGCGGCUGCGUGGACGUCAAGACGGGUCGGGAGACGACGUCGCUCAACUCGGUGGCCAUCCACCAGACCAUGAUGGUCCUGCGGCGCAAGCCCUGCCCGCGUCCCACCGGCCCCGGCCUCGUCACCUUCGAGGUGGACUAUAUUAGGGUGCCGGUGGGUUGCACCUGCGUCCUGCCCCGCACCGGGCGCUGAGCCCCCCCUACCCCAGCUCCCGUGGAGCCCCAUAGCGUGACCGUGUCACCGCAUCCACCCCCACCCGUGCUUGUUUUAGAGCACCCACCCGGCCCCCCACACACACGCACAGCCGGGUGUCUCCCCCCCCCCGCCCCAAACCAUCACCUCGUUAUUUAUGAGUUAUUUAUGAGCCUUGCUGCUGGGGGACCUUUGUUUUUUUAACCCGUAUUUAUUGCUGACCCCCCCCGCCAAGGCUGCGACUCCGGGUCCAGCAUCACCCCACGGUGCCUGAGGCCCCAUGAGUGCUUCCCAGGGGCUGGCUGGUUAUUUAUUCCCCCGCAAAGCUAUUUAUUGUCUCCUCUAUAUGUGCUAUUUAAUACCGGCAGCGUGCAGCCUGCAAAUAAAGGCCGACUCC